GGGUGACGCGCCAGGUGUUGCCAGGCAACCGGUCUGUUUGGAAAAGUGACCGUGAGAGAAAUGUCAGUGGUAUAAAUCUAGCUUUGUUACUCGAUUAGAGAAAACAGGGAGCCUGGUGGAGAACCAUGUCACGUUCAGCCAAGCCACGUGCAGAAAAGAGCCGUAGUGGGGGGUCAGCAGGGGUCCCAGCUCCUCCGGUGCCCCUCCAGCAGCCUGCAGUGACCUCAGACAUCAUCGGGGGCAGUCUGACUGAAAACACCUGGCGGGAGAUGGUCGAGCGGGAGGAGGGUGAGGAGGUGGUGGCGGUCCUGAUUGAUGAGCUGAUGGAUCACGUGAUGGACAGGUGCUUUCAGGUGCACCUGCAGACACAGCUGGUGCCGUUUUGCGUGCGGUGGGCCCGGGAGGCCUUGGUCCAGACGAUAGAGUCAAGGUUCCUCGUGAGGGAUGAUGGUGAGAAUUCAGACAGCGACACCCUGUGGACGGAGGAGCCUGAGCCUGAGCCCAGUGUCCUGGAUUCCUGGGCGGAGGGGUGUGUGCCUGUGUACAUCAACCAGCAAGCACGCACAGCUUUACUGCAGAAACUCCUGGACUUCAGUGUGGAAAAGCCUAAACAUCCAUCCAACCCUAACACCUCAGAACAGCUCCAACCAGCUAAACUGGACUUACGGAACAUCAAACCCAUCAGAACCCACAAAGACACCUCAGCAUUACUGACGACCCCAAGCAGAAGCAUAGGGGGUCAAAAGAAACGAGCCUCUUUUCCAGCCUACAGAUCCCAGAAGCCUUUGCAAGUGUUUCCUCCAGGAGCUGUGAGGCCUUUGCAGGAGAGUGAGGACCAGAAUUCAGAGAAAAAUGUCAUUUCCAAAAAGCACUCAGAGCUUCGGGUUCUGAUACAGCGGCCCGUCAGACCGGCCAAAAAACUGAACUGACCACUCAGAGUGGACCAGGGCUGACAUUCACAGACUGAACUUAAAAGCUUAUACAGGAGGGAGUUAAAACAAUGCUGCAUGUCAGAGCAGGGAGUGAGUUUUUAGAACUAAAAUGACUUUAUGGAACAAAUUAUGGCACAGCCUUUAUAGAUUCUGUCAGUUAUGACUGUUGGUCAAUUUAUCUUUCUCAUAUUUUUUCAUAGUAAUUAACACAGACUUAAAUUUAUUAUUGAUCCCAUUCACUUUAUUCGAAACCACUACCUUGUAGCUCUGCCAGCAGAACGCCUGCCAAGGUAGGUGUUUCUAAUAAAGUGGCCAGGUGGUGUCAGCAGAAAACAGGUGUUUCUAAUAAAGUGGCCAGUUAGUGUCAGCAGAGAAU